AUGCACGCAACACUCAGAACUAUGGGUAAGAUCGUUGGGGCACCAAAAGGUCACGAUCGUUAUAGAGACCCUGUCACUCAUCAAAUAACACCGGCUCUAUAUAGGGUCAGACAACCAUUCUUUUGGAGAAACACAAUAGCGUUUUUCAUAGUAGGUGCGAUACCAUUGGGUGUGUACUUUUACACGUUCCACAAGAUGACAGAGGACGAUUUUGGUGAUAUCCCAAUCCCACCAAUCAGCGAUGAAGAGUUGAGGAAGUUGCAAAGUGAAUACGACGGGAAAGCAUAG